AGCCCGGUGGUGCAGCUGCCACGGUCCCAGCCUGUGCCUGCUGCACGCCGCUGCCGCAGCCGCAGCCCAGCCGGGCGGCAGCUCCGCAGAGUCGGCGCAGGGGAGGCGGGGCACCUACGAGGCGAGGCUCAUUGUAGGCUCCGCCGGUGAGCGGUUGCCCUGUAAAAGAACGGUCAUCAGCAGCCUCCCCAACCGCCCAGUGGCCCGGCAGGCCAGUGCCCAGAGUGCUAGAGCGCAGAGCCGCGUGGUGGCGCAGAGCCUUGCGGGCUGGGAGCGGGUGCCGUCCCGCAGUAGCGGGACUUGGGCUCUGGCUCAGGCGCGCAGUGAGUGCACCCGCCGGGCCCGAGGUCCUGUGCAGACCCCGUGCCCGCCUGUACUCGGGUGCCUCCCCAGCCCCACUACGGGAGCGAUGCCCCCCGCUCCCCACAUCCUCCAAGAACGACGAGAACAUGGAGAAGUCGAGUAGUGAAGACUCUUCGAUCCACCGGAGUCCAUCUUUGGACAGCAAGGACUCGGACUUUGCCAAGCCGUCCACCUCUGGCCGCCCAUUUAGUCACGGCUUCACGGCCGGCGCCUUCUACGGCACCGCGGGCUCUCGGGGCCAGAGUCGCGCCGAGGCUGGUGUGAAAACUGACAAGUACAAUGCACCCAAAGGCAGCAAGUACGUGGUGUUUUACCUGGACCUGUCCUUUGUGUUCCUCCUAGAAUUUAAGAAGUGCAACAUGGCCAGAGGCUGCCUCUGCUGCUUGAAGUACAUGAUGUUUCUCUUCAAUUUAAUAUUCUGGCUCUGUGGCUGUGGACUGCUUGGAGUAGGCAUCUGGCUCUCCGUGUCCCAGGGCAACUUUGCCACCUUCUCCCCCAGCUUCCCUUCGCUCUCUGCAGCCAACCUCGUCAUCGCCAUCGGCACCAUUGUUAUGGUGACAGGCUUCCUCGGCUGCCUAGGGGCCAUCAAAGAAAACAAGUGCCUCCUGCUCAGUUUUUUCAUCGUCCUGUUGAUCAUCCUCCUCACAGAACUGAUCUUGCUCAUCCUCUUCUUUGUCUACAUGGACAAGGUGAAUGAGAACGCCAAGCAGGACCUGAAGGAAGGGCUGCUUCUCUAUAACACCGAAAACAACGUGGGGCUCAAGAAUGCCUGGAACAUUAUCCAGGCUGAGAUGCGAUGCUGUGGGGUCACUGACUUUAGAGACUGGUACCCGGUGCUGGGGGAGAACACAGUGCCUGACCGUUGCUGCAUGGAGAACUCCCAGGGCUGUGGGCGGAACAAUACCACCACUGUGUGGAAAACGGGCUGCUAUGAGAAGGUGAAGAUGUGGUUUGAUGAGAAUAAGCAUGUGCUCGGCACAGUGGGAAUGUGUAUCCUCAUCAUGCAGAUCCUGGGCAUGGCCUUCUCCAUGACCCUGUUCCAGCACAUCCACCGGACGGGGAAGAAAUAUGACGCGUGAGCAGGCUGGUGGAGACCCCGCCUGUUGGACACUGGAGGGAAGAGGGCUGAGUUCAGUGUCUCCUGCCUGCACCCUCCCAGCAGCCACCCUUACCCACCUCCCCUUUUGUCAUCCACCUCCCCUCCUGCCGCCCACCUCAGUGUGGGUUCUCAGAGGCAGAGGGCUGGGGAGGAGGCACAAGCAGAGACUGCGGGGACGCUGGGCACUGGAUUCCUGCAUCUGCGAAUUUGCCAAAGACUAUGGGGUGGGUUGGGAGUGUUGAGGAGGAGGCCUAGCACUGAUGGGUUUCCACCCUGCCCUUCCUCACACUGAUAUGUCCCCAAGUGGGUAGGGAGUAGGGUGCUUCCCCAGGCAGCGUUAUCUCCCACACAGGCUACUGCCGCCAUGUGCGUCCACCCAAUGGGGUCUACCCCCUGCCAAGCAAGGCCCUGAGCGUUGUGCCCAGGCUUUUUAUACCUGACAAUGUAACUUUUUUAUUUUACUCUGAUUACGAUUAUUCAGGAAUAUUAUCUCUCAGAUAAGUUUAGGGUAGUUUUCUGAUUUAUAACUUUUUACUCUGUUGAUUUCCUUAAUGGUGUGAGUUUCCCUUCCUGUGGGUAGGGAUGGGUGGGGAAGAGGACAUCGUCCAUCUACUUUGUUUCAGGACACACCUGUGUGGCUUGAGUGGCUGUAGGGUGAGAUACACCAGGCCUUUUGGAGCACAUGAGAAGGGGCUGGUGCAUCUGGGAUGGGGCCCCCCGCCAGGCCUAGCACCCACAAAGGACAGAAUAGUGUAAGGUACUGUGGCAGGGCACCCUGUAGGAGGGUAACAGCAGAGAACCCAGCACAGUGCGUGGGGAGUGUGGGUUCAGAGGACUGGUGAAAUACUUUGCUAGGAGCUUGAUGUGAGUUGGCAGGGUCCUUGCCUUUUUAACAGUGAGCAGGAUAUGGUGUCUUCUGCUUCCUGCCACCCUCUGCUGGCAUUGUAAGGCAUCACAGCCUCCUGCUGGGUGCUAUCUCUGAGCAAGUAACCAUGAGCCCCAUGACUUCCAGACAUUCCUGCUAUAGACCCUCAGAUGGACACCUCCAGUUCUGGCCUGGAUCCAUCUUCACCUUGCUGUGGGACAUGGAACCAGUCCUCAUGUCUGGCCACUUGGAUGGCAGCAGGGGACCCAGAAGCCUCAGGAGGGAAUGGCAGAAGUGGCCAGGUUCUCAGGGCUGCUGACUGCCCUGCCCAAAUCUCCUUCCCAGUGCCCGCUACCUUCAGCAGAGGUUUGAGUGGCUGCCAUAUUCUGUGUGAUCUCACAAAGUACAGAAAACCCACCAGGCCAGGCCAACCUCUCACAGCAUUUCUGGGGAGAAAGCAGUGUAGGUGUGAACAGUGGGGGAAGUGGUUGAGGUACAGCAGGACACCCCGUCAGAAUCAGUGGGGCUAAGCUUGGAAGGGCUGCACCACCACGUGGGGAUUGGGUCUUCCCUGGAUAACUGCCUUUGCCCACCAGAAUAGGUCUGCUUGAGCCUCCCCUGCCUGCCUCUCCUUGGGGCUGAGACCCCACCUGCCAUCCCCAGUCCUCCACCACACAUAAGUUGGGGUCAGGGUGUUUUGGGACUCCGGUUUUGGUGUCAGGAAUUGAAGUGGAGGUUGGUCUCAGCAGGUUGGGCAGAGGCAGGACUGAUGAGGGUGGAAACGCUGAGAAGGCAGAGUGAGGUAAGUGCACAUUGGAAUGAAGUCACCUUUCCCUGAACUCUGGUAUUUUCCUGGUAAGGAGCGAUAGCUGCCUCGUUUGGGACCCCAGAACAAGAAGGCAGGGUGAACCCAUCAUUGCAAACAUUUGGCAGAUGUGUUGGUGUCAUGUGGGACUGGUGUGUGAAGUUUUUGCUGUGGGUGGGUGUGUUUGUGUAUGCCUACCAGUGCAACUUUUAAGUUUUGUUAAUAGCAGCAGAAGCAUUGGAGGCAUAUAGACUCCCUCGCAUCUUAGGUUUCUGAAGCCUUUGCCAGAGCCAUCCUUUGCCCUGCCUCAUCCAUCCAUCCCAGACCCUUGUCUGCAAGCUUCCCCGAUGAGUGUAGCUGUUGAGUUGUUUGGCUGAGGCUGCAUGGGGCAGUCUCCAUGCACAGGGUGGGUGUUCUCAUGGGCCCCUGCCAAUCCCAGGCCACCUGGAAGGCCACACAUAGUGAUGCUAGAGGACGUGGCUCAUCAUCUUCAGUUUCUUCUGACCAUGGCCUCGCUGGGGCCGAAUUCAAGUGAUGCCCUCACUCCCCGCUCCCCGGUUCAAGGUCAGAGUUAGGUUCAUCAGGGCUGAUGUAAUUGGUUAAUAGACUUGACUUGAAAAGUCCCUUUGGAUUUGUAGGUGACUUCCAGGGAAUUCCUGACAUAGACUCAGCGAAUUCCUGACAUAGACUCAGCCUUUCUCUGUGGUGUCUUGUGGAGGGCUGAGGGGCCAGGGUUAAAGACUGACCUGGAGUAGCUAGCAACAGGUGGCAGCCACCAGUCACACAGGCAGCCUGGGUUUGCCUGCACCUCGGGUCCUCACCCUGGAGAGGUUGCUGACCAUAUAAUAGGCCCCAUGCAUGGUUCUGGUUUGAUACGGACCUAGGUGGCCAUAAAGCAGUCCAGGUGCCUGGAAAUGAUUGUCCUCUCUUCUCUGGCCCCCUGCCCACCCUCUGGUGGAGGUGCUAAUUGUAGCAGGGACAUAGCACAGGUUGGGAGCUGGGUGCUGGCUGCUUGGGGCUUGUUCUUGGCCUGUCAGCCCUUCAGCAUCUGGUGGCUCCUCUGGUGUCCCUGUUCCCUCAUCUUCCCCUUUGCCACAGUGAAGCCACAGUCUAGGGUGUAUCCUGGCCUCCCUGCCCCUCUGGGCCUUACCCAUGCCCUGAACACCCACUUGCCUGCCCUAGGGCAGUGUGGGGGAGUUGGGAGUGCACGCUUGCUGGUUUCCGAUGCACUUUCUGCUUGAGACGCCUGUCUGUACACCCUCUCAUCCCAGUCCUGGCUUUAUUGAACACCAUGUUUUUAGCAUGUUUUUAAAUAAAAAUGGAUAAUGUGUCAAAAGCACAA